AACAGGUAGUAUCUCCGAUGGCAUCGAGUCUCACACAAAUUCAAAGCAAAUAAAAAACCCCCUCGGUCCUGCAUACCUAAAUCCAUUGCAUACCUUUAGUCUUCGUUUGUGUGUCUAGUCGACCAUAUGUACCGCUCCGCUUUUCGAAAUUAUCGAUUUUUAUUUUGUACCGUGUUGUUCAUUGUUCAUUAACUAAAUAGGUUAAUAUGCCUAAGCACAGCCGUAAACGACAACAUUCUCGUUGUCGAUCUAAAGAACGAAAAAAUCGGCGUUUAGAAAAACGAUUGGCCGAAAUGCAACGACAAUUAGAUGAAAUUAAUAGUCGGGAAAAAAGGCGACGUUUGGAGAGUAUGGAGAGCUCUAGAGGCGGUGAUGACGGAGAACCCAGUGCAUAUUCUUCACCGUAUGAUAGUGAUUUGUCGCCUCGCCACUCUGUUCGUGAAACAGUUAGGUUGGAUGUCCACCAGUUAAACAGUGAUUCUGAACAGCAAGAAAAUAAUCCUCAGCCCCCGAUCGUGCAAUCAGAGGAAGCAAAAGAAAAAUCUUUGAGUUCUGAGGUUUUGCAGAUACUUGGCGAUGAGCCAAUAAAUAAGACCGUCUUAGGACCUCCAAUUUAUGAGGCAGUAGUCCCUCGCUGGAGUAAUAUUUUACAGAAUGGUUUAAGUGAGGAGAAUAUUCAAGUUCUUCUCCAAAAACAUAUAAUACCCGAAAAUUUUAAGUCUCUGGAAGUACCUCAGUUAAAUCUCGAGGUUAGGGCAGCCUUAACUGCUCAAAUACUCCGCAGAGAUGAGCGCCUGGUGCGAAAACAGCAGUUUGUGGCUGCAAGCAUAUCAGCAAUUUCCCAAGCCUUAACUUUGCUGCUAGCUGAAGAAGGGGGGGGGGCAACAACGUAUAUAUGCAAUACCUAAGUAAUGCUGGCCGCCUAUUGUAUCAUCUACACCAUCUUGACACCAUGACACGCAAAGAUCUUAUUUCUAUAAAUUUGAAUAAAGAUCUAAAAGAUACGCUCUCUGCUGCGCCUACUGAUAAUUUUUUGUUUGGUCAAGCAUUGGAAGAACGUGUGAAGGCUGCAAAAAACCUGGAAAAAUCAGGCGAGGAACUUAAGCAGGUUAAGCCGAAAACUGCUAAGAAACCUGUCAGUCGCACUCAUUUAAACUCCAGGGGUUCAGCUCAGUUGCAGGGGAGCACCCGAGCUGGACAAUAUUACAAGAGACCUUAUACCAACGCCAACAGCAGAAGAACCAUCCAGAUCAACGGAUGGAAAGGAACCCGAGGGAACUGCCCAAAACACAGAUGGAGAGGUUCCGUCGACGUCGACAGUAAAGCAACCCCUUGCGGGU